AUGUCUACCCGCGACGACUCGUCUCUGGGCGCCUCGCCGCCAGCCUUCGACUCUCUCGUAGCUGCUCCUCCUCCGACAUACGCCUCAUUCUCCCCAGUUACGCUCUCAGCCACGACACCCUCGAGGAACAGCCGUCGAUCGACCGUCCUAGUUCACCAGAAGAGCCCGCUGCUCCUAGCCACACCUCCGCAGAUCACGCGCGCGCUCGCCUAUAGCCAUCCUUUCUUACUCCCACUCAACACAUUUGUCGGCCUUUUAACAUGGAGCACCGGAGACCCCUGGCAGAGCUUUCUAUUACUGUGCGCCUUCUGGGCGGUCGUCCUCUACGGCGAUGUCGUGCUCAUGCGAGCCGGCCCCAUCGUUGUCUGCAUGGCGCUGAUAGCGGGCAUGUACGGCCGGCGAUAUAGCCCCUUGAGCAGCAGCGGCUGGACCGAGCCAGCGCGCAUUACGAAAGAAGCUUCUACCUCCAAAAAGGCCACAGCCAAUGGCGGCAAUCAUCUGGAGGAAACUCCCAAUGGGAAACAGCCUGGCCACUCUCGGGCUAGGUCGGAAAUUACAAACACAAAACAUCAGAAGACGUUGGACGAAAUUGUCGAUACACUCAAGGAGUUUACUGGCAGGUGCAAUGUCCUCAUGGAUCCCCUUCUCGAGAUGACCGACUUUCUGAGCACUCAGAGAACCCCUACCAGCGCAACCACCAGGCCAGCACUUACAGCCAUGUUUAUGCGCCUCCUUAUAGUCACGCCGUUUUGGGUCGCUCUGACCAUGUCCCCGUUCACAAUCAUUACUACUCGACGCGUUGUGCUGCUUGCGGGAUCAAUUGUCCUGACGUGGCAUGCCAGAGUGAUGCGAGUGUCUAGGACCAUUGUUUGGAGAAGCGCAACCGUUCGCAAACUUGCUGGAGCCAUCACCGGUCUCCGUUUUGAAAACCCACCGAAGCCACCGCCUAGUAAGAAUGGCACAAACGGAAAGGAGUCACAGAUGAGCAAGGCGACAUCCCUAAGUUCUUCUAGCUUGCAAGUGAACCGUCGACGAAAAGGGUCUGCAAACGAUGCUAAGAGCGCUGGCGUCAAGUUCACUUUUAUCAUUUACGAAAAUCAGAGACGGUGGAUCGGUUUGGGGUGGACGACUAAUCUUUUCGCAUACGAACGGCCUGCGUGGACAGAUGAACACAACAACGCCGUGCCACCGAGGGACGAGUUUGAGCUUCCCGAAGUUGAGGAUGGAAGUCGCAUGAGAUGGCGGUGGGUAGAAAGUAGCAAAUGGCGGGUAGAUGGUGUGAGUGAGUCUGAAGAGCAGGGUGCGGUGGACUACGAUGGUCCCGAUGGAAAGAAUGGGUGGAUAUACUAUGACAACAAGUGGCAAAAUGGCCGGCGAGGACUUGAUGGAUGGGGUCGGUGGACACGCCGCAGAAAAUGGUAUCGUGAUGCCGAGUUGGUGGAGGUGGACGAAUCCCAACUUCCUCAUGCUCAUGAAUUAGACGCCACGGAAUCUACGUCGCCGCCGCACACCACAUCCUACAGCACCGCCAACGAAAAGAUGCGAGCCGAGCCUGUGAUUAUCAAACCAGACGAAGACCAAGUUGCGGACGAUUUGAAUACAAAGAUUGCGGAUGAUACAAUCUCACUCCACUCGACAACAUCAUCACGGUUCUGGCCAACCCUGAGGAGACGCACUACGGACCGUUCCGGGGAUAGCCUCCGCCUGGACAGUCAGAGACUGGAGAAGCGACGAAGUGGCAGCCAGAGGCCGAGGAGAACGAGCGACGUUGCUAGCGACAUCGUUGGAGAGGAUGACACGAGCUCGUUGAACAUUUCGGUGGCACUGGAGCUGCAAAAGCAGGGCAAAGAAGGCGGGCAAUGGGGGAUCGGAGAUGAAGCCCGCAUGAGUCUGGAAUGA